GCAGCCUCCUCCCUCGCUCGCCUUCUUCACUCCAUCUCGCCUCCUCCCCUCCCUCCCUCCCCUCACGCGAUCAGAGGAAUCCCCCAAACCCUAAUCCCCCUCCGCUCCUCGCAGCCGGAACCAUCCAUCCUUUCCCGGGGGUUCCUCUACUUCAUAGCCGAUCCUAAUUCCUUGGCUGCUAGGGUUCGGAGAUGGGCGACCACAUGACCGUCUUCCGCUCACUUCGCGAGCUCUUCCCUCAGGUUGAUCCCCGCAUGCUGAAGGCUGUCGCGAUAGAGCACCAUAAAGAUGCCGAUUCUGCUGUGGUUGCCGUCCUUGACGAAGUCAUGCCAUCUAUGAUAGGUUCGGUCGAAGUCUCUAGCCUCCAUCAUGAGGCUGCGGUAUCUAAGGACGAUUUUCUCAUAAGCUUAUCUGCGAAUCAGGAUGAGCGCGAAACAGGAAGUUCAUCAUCUGCUGGUCCAGUCAGAAUUUCAAGCACCCAUCAUGAACCUGUGGAAUUUACGCACGAUCUUUUCAGAAAUUUAUCUGCUAAUCACACUGUGCGAGAAACCGGAAGUUCAUCAUCUACUGGUUAUGAUGUGCAUGUCGAUGAAGCUAAUGGAAAUGUUGAUUCUGCAAUCAUAACCGACAUGCAAGAAAAUGCUGUGGGUGAACUGGAUGCGACUCCAUCAUUACAAUUGAUGAAUGAACAACUAGAUUUCCCUUCAUGUUCUGUGCCUGAACUUAAUGAUAAGCAGUGUGAUUUGGCCGUUCAAGAUUUCUUAAAUUCAUGUAACUCAUAUCAUUCAGAUAACCGAGUUGGAAAUGGCGGGUCUCUAUGGAGUGCAUACAUUGAUGAAUCACUCCUGGGGAAAAAUGGCAAUGACAGCAUAAAUCUUAAUGUUGCGCAAGUCCAUGGGAAUGAUGUGGACAUCACGGACCCAUUUGGGGAAUCCAUCUCUGACCCUGAAGAUAAGCAGCGUGCUUUGGCCCUUGAAGAUAUUUUAAAAUCGUGUUACUCAGAUCAUUUAGCUAAUCAAGUUGGAAAUGGUGGAUCUUUAUCAAGUGAAUACUUUAUUCAAUCACUCAUGGGGAAACCUCGGAGCGACAGCAUAAAUCUUAAUGUUGCACAAGUCCAAGAGCAGGAUUUUGAUAUCACAGUCCCAGUUGGUGAUUGUAUUUCCCAGGAUAAUCCUUUGAAGCUUCCUUGUUAUCAUGCAGAUGUGGAUAACUCUUUUUGUUCCAAGACUUCUACUGGUGUUCUCAGUACUGAAAAAGACAUCCUUGCACCUGCGCUGGAUUUUCCUAUUUCAGACACCCAAGAAUCCUUUGUUGGUUCUGGUGGAGUCUUAGUACACAAGGAUAACAACUGUGCUGACAUUGAUUACAACUCUGGGGAUAGAGUUGAGCAUGGUGACACAUUCUUGUCUUCUUCAAGUGAGUUGCUUCCUGAUUUGAAUUCGAAUCACUUUGCCUCCAUGGCUUCAACUCAUUCAAGCCAUUCUGUUAGUAUCGAGUCACUUGAGGAUUCCAUUGCUGAUGCAAAAAACAAAAAGAACGAUCUGUUACCCUCACUUGAGCUGGUUACUAAGAUGAUAGAGGAUGUAGAACUUCUUGAAGAAAAAGCUAAAGUAGCCAAGCGUGAAUCGUCUAUUUCUGGUACGAGCAUUCUCACCAAGGUUGAGGAGCUCAAAGAAAUGUUGAAUCAUGCAAAAGAAGCAAAUGAUAUGCAUGCUGGUGAGGUUUUUGGCGAGAGAUCUAUUUUGACCACGGAGGCACGGGAGCUCCAAUCACGACUUCAGAGGCUGUCAGACGAGAGGAAUAGUUAUCUAGUUGUUAUUGAAGAGAUACGGCAAACUCUUGAGGAAAGAUUGGUUGCUGCACAGCAGGAAUAUGAAGCAGCCGUGAAGGAAAAAGUCGAGAAGGAAGCUUCUGCUCAGGCACUACUCAGUGAACAGGAAAGGGAGAUGAAUUCCAUUGUUGAAGAAUCAAGAAAGUUGCAGAAAGAAGCAGAGGAGAAUUUGAAGCUGAAGGAAUUCUUGGUUGAGCGGGGUCAAAUUGUUGAUACACUACAAGGUGAGAUGGCUGUCAUUUGCGAGGAUGUGUCUCAACUCAAGCAAAUAGUGGAUGAGCGCUUAUCUUGGAGCAAGUUGCAGCGAUCAACAAUGUCAAGUCUCUCCUCUUCACUGCAUUCUUCGCUUCACAAGAGUGCGAGUUCGUCAGACAGGACCACCGAAGCCGUUGAGUCUAAAGAUAAACAUACAGUCACUGGAGUUGCAGGGCCAGUGGCUGAAGAUCCGGAUGUCAACGCGAGAAAGGUUGAAAUGUUAGAUGGCUGUGACAGUGAAGGUGCAAGCUCAGUGAGUGAAGACAACAGCAAGCAGCGGGCUUCCAACGAGGAUGGCUGGGAACUUUGCUGAACUGAAGAUGGCUGAAGAUCGUCAGGAUUGCCUGAGUUUGCUCGAUAAAUAAAAAAUGGUGGUAAUAAUCGUUUAGAAUGUCUCCAUUCUGUACGAGCAAAAUUAGUGAACUUAUAUUUCCAGGACUUGUCAUGGAAUAGCUUGGCCUUUUGGGUGGCGGCAGAAUAUCAGUAUUUGAGACAAGUUAAAAUCGUGCUGACAUGAUAUGUAUAUAUACCGAGAUUAUAGCUUAAUCUAUAGUAUAAAUAAACGAUUAGUGA